AAGAGGGAAGCGGGUGCCUAGUACAAGGUCUGGAGGUGGAUAGAUAUCCCGGGAACAGGGCGGGAGAGUCCAAGGGUCUCUCCUACAGAGCAAGGGAGUAACCUGCCACCAUCGCACUCAAAACACAGGCGCCUGCACAGAGAGAGCACACAGGCGAGGCUCAAGACCAGCGCGGCGGCGUGCACAGUGCUUCGCUUGGGCGUCCAGAGGCACCGCCUCCAGACCCGGGCCUGCCGGGCCUCCGUGAGGCUUCCCGCGGUGUCCGACGAUCCGGAACCUUGGACCUUGUCGCUGCGCUGCGUCCCGCCCCGCCGCCUCAGGGUCUGCCCCUCGCCCACGGAGCGAAUUCAGCUGCGGUCCUGCCCAGGAGGAGCUCACAGUCUAGCAGUAGACGGUGGUCAGCAGAUGUGUACAGCCGGGUGAGAGGUACCACAUCCAGACUCUUAAGAUGGAUGUGAACAGUUUUCACCUGUUCUGUCUGUGGCUGAAGAGAGGCCCCUGGGGCUCCCCAAGUGGAUAUUCUGCAAAGUUGGAGGUGAGGGAUGGUGCUGAUAUUUCCACCUCAGGAUCUUAGGAGUUGUUGCAGAGAGGAAGGCUGGAUGGGCAGGUCACUCUGGAACUGCCUAGUUUUUAAUUUCCCUGCUAGGCUGUGAGACGCUCAGGUACAGGUCCUGCCUUCACAUUUAUGCCACCUUCAAGAUGCAGAUGGUACAGUGUGCAGGUAUGUGACCGCCUGUUCUUUGCCUUCUCUGCAGGUACUUGUGGCCCUCACAAUCUUCAUGUGGAAAGCAGAACAUCUGUGUGGCAAAGAAGUGGCUCUCUUGGGGAUCACAGGACCAAACUCUGUUUGAGUGACACACUGCUCUGUGUCCAGCCUCCAUCUCUGCCCCCCCAGGGCCUCUUGUAUUGACCAUGCCUUUGUCUACCGAGGGCACCCCACCACCCCUGAGUGGCACUCCCAUCCCAGUUCCAGCCUACUUCCGACAUGCAGAGCCUGGUUUCUCUCUGAAAAGGCCUAGGGGGCUCAGUCGGAGCCUGCCACCCCGGCCCCCCGCCAAGGGCAGCAUCCCUAUCAGCCGUCUCUUCCCUCCUCGGACCUCAGGCUGGCACCAGCCCCAGCCUCGGAGGGUGUCAUUCCUAGAUGAAGCCUCAGAAACCCUGCAGAGUCCUGGGUAUGAUCCAAGCCGGCCAGAGUCCUUCUUCCAGCAGAACUUCCAGAGGCUCAGCCGCCUGGGCCAUGGCUCCUAUGGAGAGGUCUUCAAGGUGCGCUCCAAGGAAGAUGGCCGGUUCUAUGCUGUUAAGCGCUCCAUGUCACCAUUCCGAGGCCCCAAGGACAGGGCCCGAAAGCUGGCUGAGGUAGGCGGCCAUGAGAAAGUGGGGCAGCACCCACAUUGCGUUAGGCUGGAGCGGGCCUGGGAGGAGGGCGGCAUCCUGUACCUGCAGACAGAACUCUGCGGCCCCAGCCUGCAACAACACUGUGAAGCCUGGGGGGCCAGCCUGCCAGAGGCCCAGGUCUGGGGCUACCUGCGGGACACUCUUCUGGCUUUGGCCCACCUGCACCGCCAAGGCCUGGUUCACCUUGAUGUCAAGCCUGCCAACAUCUUCUUGGGGCCCCGGGGCCGCUGCAAGCUGGGUGACUUUGGGCUGCUGGUGGAGCUGGGUUCAACUGGAGUUGGUGAGGCCCAGGAGGGAGAUCCCCGCUACAUGGCUCCAGAGCUGCUGCAGAGCUGCUACGGAACAGCUGCAGACGUGUUCAGUCUGGGUCUCACCAUCUUGGAAGUGGCCUGCAACAUGGAGCUGCCCCAUGGUGGGGAGGGCUGGCAGCAGCUGCGCCAGGGCUACUUGCCCCCUGAGUUCACUGCUGGUCUGUCCUCUGAGCUGCGUUCUGUCCUCAUCAUGAUGCUGGAGCCUGAUCCCCAGCUUCGGGCCACAGCUGAGUCCCUCUUGGCUCUGCCCAGGCUGAGACAGCCACGUGCCUGGAAUGUCUUGUGGUACAUGGCUACAGAAGCCCUGAGCCGAGGUUGGGCCCUGUGGCAGGCCCUGCUUACCCUGCUGUGCUGGUUCUGGCACAGCCUGGCUCAUCCUGCCAGCUGGCUGCAGCCUCUAGGCCCUCCAGCCACACCACCUGGCUCUCCACCUUGCAGCCCCCUCCUGGACAGCAGCCUCUCCAGCAGCUGGGAUGAUGACAGCAUAGGGCCCUCACUGUCCCCAGAGGCCAUCCUAGCUCGGGUCUCUAGGAGAACCUCUACCCCUCAGGGCAGGUAUAUACCAAGGGAUGCCCUGGACCUAACUGACAUGGACUCAGAGCCUCCUCGGGUUCCCUGCCCCUCAUUUGAGCCUCGGAACCUCCUCAGCCUUUUUGAGGACUCGCUAGACCCAUCCUGAGCCACAGGCCCAGCCUUUUGCUUUUAACCUCUUACCCUUUACCCAUGCCCCCCCCCCCCCGGAAAAUUCUAUGUCUAAUAAAAUGUAUUGAAUCUUGGGAGUAUCCAAGAUUGCUCAUGUGGGAACAUAA